CUCUCUCUCUCUCUCUCUCUUUGGCCUUAUUUUUCAGCUUUCUUGCUACCUCUAAAUCAUGUUCCCAAAAAGCUCAAACCACAUAUAUUUCUCUCAUAACUUUGCCUUUGAUUUGUUCUCAAAUCCUUUUAUAUUUCUGUCUCCAUUUCAUGUCUCUCCUAUUAUUCCCUUUGUUUCUUUCCUUAUACAUUAACAGACAACAACUAUAAGCCUGCCUCUGCCUCCAUUGCCAGAGAAGAAGAACACUCAAUUUUUCUCCCCAAGUCCCUCAAUCAUCCUUGAAACUUGGGAAAAGCUGCCUUCUUUGUCUUAUUUAUUAUUGAGAUUCAAACAUUUCUUUCCACCUCCUUUUUUGACCACUUCCAAGUCCAAGCCUAUAAUUUUCUAGGCUUUAAUGUUCCUCUUAGGCCUGAUGUUUGAAUCUUCUGCCCCCUAUUACUGAUGAUCAUAUUAAUCUUUUUCUCUUCCUAGAAUUUCUACCAUUUUUCCUUGUCUUAAUUUCCUUGGUGGAUUGAUAUGUGCUCAGAAACAAGUCCUCCUAGAAUAUCUUUCUCCCAUGAUCUUGGCCACCCACAAAUUUUGCCAAUCCAAAACAAGGUGAAUCGAACAGAUCACUCCUUGCUUUUGGACCCAGAUUCUGAUUUUGAGUUCUGCUUUAGCAGCGGCAGCUUCGAGCAUGAAUCUUGUUCAGCAGACGAGCUUUUCUGCAAUGGCAUGCUUCUUCCAAAGGAAAUCCAUAGCUGUGAACCUCUGCCUAUUGCUCUGCUUCCUCCUCCUCCUUCUGAGAAAUCAAAGAAAGAUUUACGCAUGAAAGAAGAAGUCAUGGCUAUAAAAUCAGAUUUGGAGCAGAAACAUCCAUCCAAGUCUUUCUGGGGUUUCAGGAGAAGUACUAGUCUCAACAUUUCUGACAGUAAGAGAAGCUUGUUAUGCUCAUUGCCUCUUUUGUCUCGAAGCAAUUCAACUGGUUUAACAAUGGCGAAGGAUGUUCAAAACAAGCAAAAUUCACAGAAAAGAGCAUCUGUUUUUAUGUCAAGAUCAUCAUCAUCUUCAUCUUCUUCUGCUUCAUCUGCUCCUGCAAUGCAGCAAAAACCUCCAUUGAAGAAGAAUUAUGGAGGGUCUCUCCAUGGUGCUCGGAUUAGCCCUGUGUUGAAUAUUGUACCACCUUCUUACAUUUCCAAAAGAACUGAAAAUCUCUUUGGUUUGGGGUCUUUCUUACGUGACAGGAAAGAUAAAAAGAGCAAGAAUUAAUGAUUUUACUUGCUUUUUUCAUGGACCAAAUUAUUAGAUUUUCGUUUGUAUGUAAAAAGAUGUAGUUUUGGAUUUUGGAUUUAUGCUUUUUGCUUGAAUCAUGUCAAUGAACAUGGAAACAAUUAUAAAGGGUGAAGUAUAUUAUUGAGCUUUAGAAGAUAGAUAUCCAAGAGAAGCUAAUUAUUGAAUAUCUUAAAACUCAUAUGAUGAGGAAAAGAGAUAAAGUGGAUGGAUUCAUGCAUAUGAAAAUGUCACAAGCUCAAGGGACACAACAACAGUUACUCUAUGAAAGAUAGAUACCUAUACUUCUACUGUAAGAUUCAGACAAAUGGAGCUUGAAUCAUG